AUCAUUCGUAUAGCACGCCAGCGAUCCGGCAACACUGGUGUGCGGCGGUAUCCGGCGCUGCUUGUACGCUGCCGAGUGCAUGGUGCCGACGACGCUGGGGUUGCUCGGGAAAAUGAAGCUCGUGAGGUUUUUAAUGAAAUUAUCCCACGAAACAGUCACUAUCGAGCUGAAAAAUGGAACACAGGUGAGUAUGGAGGGACCGAAAUUCUCUCAUUCUUUAUGAUCUACCCCAGUCAAGGACACAUUUAA